GCGCUGUUUCGCUUCGGGUUUAGCGUCAGUACCCGCAACCCGGCUGCACCGAAGGCCGCGGCGGGAGUCUCUUGGCGGGGCCGGGCGGGGCGGAGCGUGGCGGCUGCGAGGCAGGCGGGGGAGCUCUGGGCGGCGCGCCUGAGCCAAUCAGCGUGCACACCGCCUGACAACUGGCCAAUCAGCGGGCGCGAAGUUCGGGGGCCGGAACGGAUAAUACUGGGAAAGGCAGCGGAGGCUGGAGACUGCCGCGGGGAGCGCCGCGCCUCUGGUCGCUGCGUGCGCCCACCCGCGAGUCCGGGGUCAGAGCCAGGCCUGGGCGGCCUGAACCCUCCCCGUCCAGCUUAGGGCCGCGGAAGCCGAAAGUAGCUUCGGCGAGGUUUAGCACCCCGGGACCGCCGAGAGAGGACCGGUCUGAUCUUUGCAGAGACCGGGAUGUGUGGGGCGAGGCCGUAAGGACUUGACUCACCUUCUCCAUCCCCUUGCUACCCCACUCCCCAUCCGGUGGGCUCCGGGCCUUCAGCUGUCAGCCCCCCGGUUUCGUGGCAGGGUGUGACGACCCCGAUUUCUGUUUGCAAGCACAGCCAGCAGUUCAAGAGCCAGGUCCCAAGGUUGGAUCUCUUUUGCCUGGGCUGCUAGCCCGGGCCUCAGAGUCUUGGGUGCAGGCGACUGAGCGCGGGCCACGCGCGAUGGCCGACCGGCAGGCGGGCCCGGCGGCCGGGGACUGGGAGAUCGACGUGGAGAGCCUGGAGCUGGAGGAGGACGGCCUUGGGGCGCCGCCGCCGCCGCCGAUGCCCAGCGGGGACGGCGAGGACGAUGAGGACGAGGACGUGGAGGACGAGGACGACGACGUGGAGGACGAGGUCGACGGCGAGGAGGCGGGCGCGUCCCCAAGGGCGCCCGGGCGGCCGGAGCAGCAGCAGCAGCAGCAGCAGCAGCAGCAGCCAGGAGGCGUCCCGCCGAGGCCAUCGCAGCCGCCGCAGGCCUCGCCGGCCCCCGCGGGGCCCCCGGAGCGCGGCGCGGGCGCGGGCGCGGGCGGCGCGGAGCCGCGCAAGCUGAGCCGCACGCCCAAGUGCGCGCGCUGCCGCAACCACGGCGUGGUGUCCUGCCUCAAGGGCCACAAGCGCUUCUGCCGCUGGCGGGACUGCCAGUGCGCCAACUGCCUGCUGGUGGUGGAGCGGCAGCGCGUCAUGGCCGCCCAGGUGGCGCUCCGGAGGCAGCAGGCCACCGAGGACAAGAAGGGGCUUUCCGGGAAACAGAAUAAUUUCGAGCGCAAAGCCGUGUAUCAGAGGCAAGUGAGGGCACCCAGUCUGCUGGCCAAAAGUAUUUUAGAAGUUCUCCUUGGAUUAUACUCCAACUGUUACAAUGUACAUAAUGAGCCAUCUUUAGAACUAAGUGACAUCAGCUCUAGGCUACCGCCCCAUUCCAGCAGAGACUUAUGUGGGAGGGAGCUUACCUCUACCUCCCCCAGUAAGUGACCGGAUGAGGAAAAGGCGGGCCUUUGCUGAUAAAGAGUUGGAGAACAUUAUGCUGGAGAGAGAAUAUAAAGAGAGGGAGAUGCUGGAAGCUUCCCAAGCUGCUGCCUUGUUCCUGCCGAACCGCAUGGUGCACGGACCUGAAUACAACUACAAAAGUGCCUACAGCCCCACCCCAGUGGAACCGCCAAGCAAAGACUUCUGUAAUUUUUUGCCCACCUGUCUUGAUCUAACCAUGCAGUAUUCAGGGUCUGGGAAUAUGGAGCUAAUUUCUUCAAAUGUCAGUGUGGCCACGACUUACAGACAGUAUCCCUUGUCCUCGAGAUUUUUAGUUUGGCCCAAGUGUGGCCCCAUUAGUGACACUCUCCUCUACCAGCAAUGCCUGCUAAACACCACCACCUCGGUUCAAGCCCUGAAAUCUGGGGCCAGCUGGGACUUGAAGGGAGUACCAGUCCAGGAUGGACUCAGUGCCGAACACGACGUGAUGCCACCCAAAUUGGAGGGCUCUCUGGUGCUGCCUCACACUCCCGAGGUCCAGACCUCAAGAAGUGACCUUCAGGGUCACCAGGCUGUCCCCGAGAGGUCUGCAUUCUCCCCACCCCGACGGAAUUUCUCUCCAGUUGUUGACACGGACUCCCUGGCAGCUCAAGGGCACAUCUUAACCAAGAUCAGCAAAGAAAGCACCAGGCACCCUCUGCCACUUAAACAUAAUCCAUUCCACUCACUAUUCCAGCAAACUCUUAAUGACAAAUCAGGCCCUGAGUUGAAAACACCAUUUGUCAAAGAGGCCUUUGAAGAGGCCCCUAAGAAACACAGAGAGUGUUUAGUCAAGGAGAACCAGAAGUACACAUUUACAAUAGAUAGAUGCGCAAAAGACCUUUUUGUAGCCAAACAAGUUGGAACAAAACUCUCGGUGAAUGAACCGCUGUCAUUUUCUGUUGAGUCUAUUCUCAAGAGGCCUUCAUCUGCCAUCACUCACAUCUCUCAGUGAAAGCCUGCUGAAAUGGAAAGCUGGAUUUUCUGCAGUCUCAGAGGGUUUUUACCAGUUGCUAAUUUUUUUUUUUUAAGGAAAAAAAAAGUUGUUUGUAUAAAGAAAUUUCUAAUGUAAAUGAUGGUGAUUAAAAGAUUUAUAUUCAUAUGCAUGUACUUCUCACCAUAUAUUUAAACUUAAAGUUGGAAAUUGCUUAUGUGCAAAUUGUAAAGUUUUACACUUUACACACUAUUUCAAAAGCAAUAAAAUUGACACUGCCUUAUAAAAGAC